AUGCAAAGCGAACUCGAUAUCUUACGUGGAUGUCAACGUCGAGAGAUUCAAGCGAUCAGAAAUGGUAACAAUCAACGUGCCAACCUUGUUGAAAUACACAAUACUCGCACUCACACGUUAGAUUCCACGGCAUUGCACAAUCCACAACUGAAUGGAAAUCCAUCUGAUUUUGUGUUCGUGACCUUUGUUGAGACGUAUAACAACUACAUUUAUGAUUUGUUUGAUGACGAUAUUCUCAACAAAGCACCUCAAUUGAAACAACAGCUUGAAGAUAACCGUGGUCGACCAAACAUCAGAGAUGUGAAAGAAAUCGAAGUUCGGUCGAGUGAACAAGCCAUCGAGCUGUUAAAUAUGGUGGGUUUGAAGCGACGUCGAAUUGCACAUACACAACUCAACACAGAGUCAGGUCGUGCACACAGUGUUGUUUCGAUGCGUCUUGUACAGUUUCAAAAUGACAUUCCACCAACAUCACCCACAAAAGAUGAUUUGAUCAUCAGCACAGUCCAUUUAGUUGAUCUCGCUGGAAGUGAACGUGUUAAUCGAGCGCAAACAGUUGGUGAACGAGUGAAAGAAGCAGGCAACAUCAAUUCAUCACUGAUGGUUCUUCGACAAUGUUUCGAAACUCUUCGAGAAAAUCAAUCACAAGGAAUCAGCAAGGAAUGCGUUCCAACCGUUCCAAUCAGCGUUCCAAGUAGAACUCGGCGAGCUCUAUCUAAUGGUGUGUUUAUAUUUUCCGUAGUUGAAACGAUAGUUAAAAAAAUUACAAAAUACUNCAUAAGCUUGUUCAAUCAUAUAGGGCCAUUGCACAUCCGUCAUAGUUGA